CUUCAAUGAAACUACUCUGUGGUCCAGAGUAGUUGAGUUGGUCGAUAGGUUGAAUUGUUGACGUAUUUUGGUGACAGUUUGCGACUGUGUUAGACAUUUAGUGCCACAUCAAGGCAACUAUAAAUCCAUAUGGUUACGAUGGGUGAACCUCUCACUUUAGCAAAUGAUGUUAAGAGGUCCAUCGAAUUACUAGACAAAUUGCAGAAAGGAGGUGAAGUACCUGCAACAAAAUUAGCUGCCUUACAGAAAGUUUUACAGAGUGAUUUUCUUAGCGCUGUACGUGAAGUGUAUGAACAUGUAUACGAGACAGUAGACAUUCAGGGCUCGCAAGAUGUCCGCGCAUCAGCCACAGCAAAAGCAACAGUAGCUGCUUUCGCAGCCAGUGAGGGCCAUGCACAUCCACGAGUGGUGGAGCUGCCAAAGACAGAGGAAGGUCUUGGCUUCAAUGUAAUGGGAGGCAAAGAGCAAAACUCACCCAUUUACAUUUCAAGAAUUAUUCCUGGAGGUGUUGCUGAUCGACAUGGUGGUCUGAAGCGAGGAGAUCAACUUCUUUCAGUGAACGGAGUGUGUGUUGAAGGAGAAAAUCACGAAAAAGCAGUAGAAUUAUUAAAGCAAGCACAAAAUUCUGUGAAACUGGUCGUGCGGUACACUCCACGUGUUUUAGAAGAAAUGGAACUGCGAUUCGAUAAACAGAGAGCAGCGCGUAGUAGGCGUCAGCACAUGCAAUAAAUAUAAAUAUCUAGUACUUAUUAUUUUCUUUUUACUUAAUAAAUACAUUACGAUCACCUUCAUUUGUUCUUCGUUGUCCAUAAACUAUGGAUGUUUCAUCUAUUACUUAAGUUUAAUAAAAUAUUAUUGUUAUUGUGACUAUUGCUGUCUUUUAUGUAUUAAAAAGAUGUUAUACAGCUAUAAGAAACAAUCAAAGUUGAACAAUAAAACGUAACCUCUUCCUUACUUGUA